AUGCUUAUCAGUCCCAUGGCGAGUCCCACCCACCCGACACACCGGGAACGCACCAUGCACCACCACCGUUCGCUGCUCCGCAAAGGUUUCCAGAUGAUCCCCCCAUUGGAUGGCUCGCUACACAAAGGCCAAGCCGGUCGAAUCGGGAUCGUCGGUGGCUCGAAAGACUACACUGGGGCACCAUUUUACUCUGGCUACGCAUCGCUCAGAUUAGGGACCGAUCUCUCGCACGUGAUUUGUGAACCAAGCGCAUCGAUGGUCAUCAAGACCUAUUCCCCCGACCUUAUGGUUCACAGCUACUUGAGCUCACCGGAGCAUCCCGAGGCUUACGCAGCUCACCAAAAAGAAUUCGAUCAGCUCAUGGGCCGUCUUCAUGUCCUCGUUGUCGGCCCUGGUCUAGGCAGAGAUACGGAGAUGCAAGACUGGGCAGAAUGGACCCUCAGGACUGCCAUGAAGAAGAAAAUUCAUCUGGUACUUGAUGCAGAUGCUCUGUGGUUACUACAAAACAAACCUGAAAUUCUUCGCGGCUAUCCGCAUGCAAUCCUUACGCCAAACCACGUCGAAUUUCAAAGAUUGUUGAAGGCUUGUUCCAUAGAUCCGCGAGAGAACGACGGUGAUGAUGGACGACUGGCAUUGGAACUCUCGAAGGCUCUGGGUGGCUGUACUAUUUUACAAAAAGGCGCGAUGGACUUGGUUGCUCGAGUGGGGUCAGAGGUAGCGAAAGUGAGCUGCCAGGGCUCUCCCAAACGUUGCGGCGGCCAGGGGGAUAUCCUGAGUGGUUUAGUCGGAACAUGGUGUGCUUGGAGUAAGCUUUACUUGGACACAAAACCCAAGUCACAUGACCAGCCGAUCUCACCGGAAGAAGCAUGGGUCAUUGCCGCCGUCCUCGGAGCGGAAAUCACAAGGACUUGCUCUCGGUUAGCCUACCAGAAAUUCGGUAGAUCGAUGCAGUCGAGCGAUAUGCUGAGUUAUAUCGGCGAGGCCUUCGAGCAGGUCAUGCACGGCCACACGAAAGACUGA